AUGGUUCUCUAUAUUGUGGCUUUUUACAUUUGUCUUGGAGUGUCUUGUGUGACACUAACCGCAGUCAGCUUUGAGCGAUUUGUGGCAGUUCGAUUCCCUAGCAUAUACACUACAUUUUUCUCUCGAAAGCGUAUCUUGGAAUACGUCAUCGGGAUAUGGACGGUGAACAUUUUACUAAGUGCUCUGCAAUGGGUUAAAAUUAAUCAAGAAGUAAGAGGUACUCAACUCAUUCUAUGCAGGAUUUGUCUCUUUUUUUCGUCAACAACUCAGAUUGGAUUACCAUUCACUGUGCGACGAUAUCGCAGACAACUUUAA